GACAAGCAGAAGAUUAUGUGAUACAGAUUGAAUACCUGUAUCAACCAUUUAACCACAUUAAAAUGCAUCCCCCUGGCAAGCCGACCGUCAUCAAUGCCUCAAUCGCCUGGACACCAGGAGCUCCCAUUUCAGAAAUGAUAUUCAACUAUGACUUCCAACUACAGUGGAAACAGGAACUACAUCACUGGGAGGAUGCUGUGGAGGUGAACAUAUCAAAUAAACAGACAUAUUUUGACCUGGACCCUGAGAUGCUGGAGAGAGGAAGGAGGUACCAGGUCAGAGUCCGGGUUCGAGCCGACCCAGACGAUUACCCAGCCUGUCAGUGGAGCGACUGGAGCCCCAGUGCAUCAUGGGUCUCCACUCUGGGCCAGAUGAAGCCAACAGGUAGUCCUGAUGUUCUAGACCAGGACUUUGUGGUGGUCACCGUGGUGGGAGCUGUUGUUGUACUGGUCCUGCUGGUCUCCAUGUUGCUCUGCAAAGGAAAGGUCAAGAAUAUUCUGAAUCCUCCUAUACCAGAUCCCUCCAGGUACUUUGAGGGCCUCAACCUCCAUCACGAUGGAAACUUCAAGGCUUGGCUGGGUCCUUUGUUUGCCCUUGAAUCCAACAACUCUGCCUCGCACCGUGAAGACAUCUCCCAGGUAGAGAUCACCGACAGCCUGGACAACGUCACCCCCUUGAGGACGACACCACCACAAGAGAAGAGAUGGGACAACAGUGGCCACUCCUUCUGCUCCGGCUUCUCCAACUCCAGCUACUUCUUAUCUCAAUGCUCCCAGCCUGGAUCCACCUCCAUCAAGCUGGAACCCUGCUCUGUACACUCCCCUUACGGACCAGUAGGGGGCACUACUGAAAUGAUAGAUGAGUGGAAGGAGGAGAACAGAGGAGAAAGGGAUGGAUAG